CGCCGCCGCCUCGGCCUCGGCCUCGCCUCCUUCUUUCCUUCUUUCCUUCCUCCUCCUCCUCCGCCAACGACGGCGACGAGCCCGGCUCAGCCCUACCGCCACCACCGCCACCGCUUCCCGGCCCGCAGCCCCGGCCGGCGGGAAGAGAUGCGAUGACAACGUCCGCCCUGCAGAAAGCCAUUGAUUUGGUCACGAAAGCCACCGAGGAGGAUAAAGCCAAGAACUACGAGGAGGCCCUGCGGCUCUACCAACAUGCAGUGGAAUACUUUCUACAUGCCAUCAAAUACGAUGCUCACAGCGAUAAAGCCAAGGAGAGCAUCCGGGCCAAGUGCGCACAGUACCUCGAUCGGGCCGAAAAGCUAAAGGACUAUUUGCGGAACAAGGCAAAACAGAGCAAGAAGCCUGUCAAAGAAGCGCAGAAUGACAGCAAGGGGAGCGACAGUGACAGCGAGGGGGACAAUCCAGAGAAGAAGAAACUGCAAGAGCAGCUGAUGGGCGCCAUUGUGAUGGAGAAGCCCAACGUCCGGUGGAGUGACGUGGCUGGGCUGGAGGGAGCCAAAGAGGCCCUCAAGGAAGCCGUCAUCCUGCCCAUCAAAUUCCCCCACUUAUUCACAGGCAAGCGGACCCCCUGGCGAGGGAUCCUCCUCUUCGGUCCUCCAGGCACCGGGAAAUCCUACCUGGCCAAAGCCGUGGCCACCGAGGCCAGCAACUCCACCUUCUUCUCCAUCUCUUCUUCUGACUUGAUGUCCAAGUGGCUGGGGGAGAGCGAAAAGCUGGUGAAGAACCUUUUUGAGCUGGCCAGGCAGCACAAGCCUUCGAUCAUCUUCAUCGAUGAGGUGGACUCCCUGUGCGGCUCCCGCAACGAGAACGAGAGCGAGGCAGCCCGCAGGAUCAAGACGGAGUUCCUGGUGCAGAUGCAGGGCGUCGGGAAUAACAAUGAUGGGAUUCUGGUCUUGGGUGCUACAAACAUCCCCUGGGUCCUGGAUGCGGCCAUUCGGCGAAGAUUUGAGAAGCGCAUUUACAUCCCCCUCCCCGAGGAGCCCGCCCGAGCCCAGAUGUUCAAGCUGCACCUGGGCAACACCCCGCACAGCUUGACGGAAGCCAACAUCCACGAGCUGGCCCGGAAGACGGACGGCUACUCAGGGGCCGACAUCAGCAUCAUUGUGCGGGAUGCGCUCAUGCAGCCGGUCCGCAAGGUGCAAUCCGCCACCCACUUCAAGAAGGUCCGGGGACCAUCCCGCACCAACCCCGGAAUGACGGUCGAUGACCUGUUGACCCCAUGUUCACCGGGGGAUCCUGGCGCCAUUGAAAUGACCUGGAUGGAGGUGCCGGGAGACAAGCUGCUGGAGCCAGUGGUGUGCAUGUCGGACAUGCUGCGCUCCCUGGCCACAACCCGACCCACCGUUAACGCAGAGGAUCUCCUGAAGGUGAAGAAGUUCACAGAAGACUUUGGCCAGGAAGGUUAACGCUUUGCCGGCGGGGAGCAGGGGUGCUGGAGGGCCAGCCGGAGGGCCUUCUGCCGCACGCAGGGGGCCCGAGACGCUGACCGCGGACUGUGCCAAGCCGGACCUUGCACCCAGCCUCCUCCUCCGCCUGCCUCCACUUGGCCCCCCCGACCCCUUUGGGGAGGGAAAGAGGAGCAGAGGGGCCACAGAGCCGGUGUGCCUACUCAGAGGGACAGAGGCUGAAGAGGCAAGAGCCAGCCCCCCCACCUGCUCUCGGUGUCUCCCAUCCGGGUCUCCUCCUUGCCCUCCUGGCUGCUCGCUUUCUCUUUCUCUCUCUCUUUUUCUUUCUUUCUCCCUCUUCCUUUCUGCAGCUUGGGUUUGUGUUUGUACAAAUAAAAACACUAAAACUGUUCCCCAUCCUUUUCCUAACACCCCCCCCGGGGGGGGCAAUUUGUGUGGGAAAACCCUGCCUUGCUCGGCUUCUCUGUGGCUCUGGAGACAAGACAGAGCGGAGCCUUCUGAAGCGUCGCAACAUCGGCAGCGUGAACUUUGAAGGGAAGCACCUCUCCCUGUCACGCUCCAGCCAGUGUGACCAAAGCUCUUUCUGCUGCACCGCACCCUCCGGCCUCCUGGCAGAGCCUCCGGGAGGGUCCGCUCUUGUUUCUACCGUGGCCGGAGCGCCCGGGCAGCUGGUUCUGAGCCUGUUCUGCCUGGCCUCGCAGGUGCUGGGGCCUGAAACCACACACAACCUUGCGGGGGGGGGGGGCUGCUGAAGAUUCCAGCCCCGUCGUGUUGCGCAGAACGAUCCCCAAAAGACGUCCGUUUGGAGUCUCCACCUACCCCUCCGGGCUUUGUGGUGCAAGGGACUGGACUCGGCGAAUACCUCCUCCUGGCGCAACACUCAUCUGGACCAUGGCAAGGCCCUGAGGAAGGGGGUGCAGAGGCACCCCCACCUGCCUGCCCACCUCCCUGUUGCAGUUUGUGGGAUCCUCUGUACUCUUUCCCCCCCCCACGCCUAGAAGCUCCCCCUUCUUGGUGACCUUUUGGAAUUCCCCCUCCCUCAAGAAGGUCCCGCAGCCUGGUUUGUCUUGUCUUAACCUGAGCCAAGGGAGGGAGGAGGCGCCCUUUGAAGCCCACCAGCACCCCUCAAGAGGGCCCGGCGCCCCUCUGGCAACCUCUUAGUUCUUGUCAGCAGGUUUGUUUCCUGGGAGGGGAAGUGUGUGCUCGUAAAGCUGCAAGCCCUCUGCCCGUGGUUCUCUGCCCUCCCCUCUCCCUACAGCCUCCCUGCCCUGCGCUUUAGUCCUGCUGAGAAAGGCCUGCCGGGCGGGCGGGUGGUCGGUGGCUUGUUCAGGUGGUUUGAAACCCUUGUCAUCAGCACCGAGAGCCUGUAGCUGGCAUGGGGAGUGGGGGGGGGCAGGCAAAAGUACCAGCCAGCCUACCCCCCCUCCUCCCUUUCUUUUUCAUGUGUAGAUAAUUUUGAUUUGAUGACUGUGUUUGGAGGGACAGUUCAUGGAAGAAUAAAAGUGUUGAAAAUGAGCAACUUCAAA